AUGGUUAGUAAUGCUAAAUCAGUUGCACCUGAAUCAUUUCCAUAUAUAGCUGAGCUGUACAUUGUCUGGCCAGACCGGCAGAUCUUAUGCACAGCUAGUCUUUUGUCUCGUUCGAUAAUGAUUACUGCUGCACACUGCAUGGUUGAUGAGAAAACGAAGAAACAGCUCGGUAAAGUGAAGAAAGUAAUAUUUCGACAGGACCGUGGACGAUCCUAUGCAACUUGGGUUAGCGGUAAAAUUCACGGCAUGCUAAAGAUAUCCGACCUCGAAGAAAAGGAAGGAAUUCUGGAUUAUGCAUUGCUUGAAUUGGAGAAACCCUUGCCGGUAUGUCGUGUCAGGAAUGGCAGAGUAUUUUCAAUUAUCAAAUUACCAGUGAAAGAUGUACGAGCUUGCAAGUGGAAAGCUUUGCAACCAUCGAAAGAAUUACUCGACCAGUGCUCAUUAUUCGGUUACGGAGCUUCAGAAAAAGGUGGACCGGAUGGUAAGUUACGAAAAUUAACAAAUAUUUCAGUUUGGGAAGGUAAUGGACGACUUUUGAUACCAAUGGAAAAUAAUGCACAGUAUACACGUCAAGGUCGAAUAUGUGGUGGUGAUUCUGGUGGACCUUUCGUUUGUGGUACAAAUUUCGGCGAAAGGAUUUAUGGCAUUCUGUCACAUUCUGAACCAAUGCUGGAAUCCUAUCCUUCCUCUUGCUAUGGCGAAGGUGAUUCUGGUGGACCUUUCGUUUGUGGUACAAAUUUCGGCGAAAGGAUUUAUGGCAUUCUGUCACAUUCUGAACCAAUGCUGGAAUCCUAUCCUUCCUCUUGCUAUGGCGAAGAAAAUGCGUUUUUAUAUGAUGUAAUGGGUGAUGUUCGCAGAAUGCUGCCUUAUAUCCAAGAUUCAUUCGCUAAGAUGAACAAAACUAAUGAGCUAAUUGAGGAUUACGCAAAAUGUGACUUUUAA